AUGGGAACAACGGUAGCAUCAAACCACGAGUCAGAAGACACUUGUGUCAUCUGUCUGUCCUCAGUCACUGAAAAAGCAAUCACUGUCCCCUGCAAUCACUUCAGCUUCGACUUUGUAUGUCUUGUGAGCUGGCUCCAGGAAAGGUCCACUUGCCCGUUAUGCAAAACAGAAGUUACGGCUGUUCAGUAUGACUGGCGGUCACCUGACGACUUCAAGAGCUACAGCAUUCGCCGCACCCACACACCAAAGGCUCAAUCAACAGCUCCCGAUCAACGCGGUUCAUUACCAUUUGCUCCACACGAAUUACCAAGCCAACGAAGAUGCAACCAUCGUCCCUUCUCACCUCUGCUAGACGAUCCAGCCAUUCGGAGACGGUGCGAAGUAUAUCGAAAGCGACUGUACUCGCUGCACGUGGGCAGCAACCCUUUUUCCGGCCACCAAGAUGUGACUCCUCAGAUGCUCGCUACGGACACGGAGCUGCAGUCACGAGCUCGUACCUGGAUUCGGCGUGAGUUGCGUGUGUUCAGCUUCUUGCAUACAGAUCCUGCUGGUCCCACUCCCCUAGCAGCAACAACAAGCAGCAAUGCCGAGUUCUUGCUCUCAUACAUCAUCUCUAUCUUGAAGAUGGUACAUGUCAAGGACAGUAGCGGCCAUGCCGAAAACCUCUUGACAGAGUUUCUGGGCCGAGAGUCGAGCAGACUGUUCCUACACGAGCUCUAUGCAUGGCUAAAAAGCCCAUACACGAGGUUAAAAGACUGGGAUGAACAAGUGCAGUAUGAUGAUUUCGACUGA